CUGGGUUCCUUUGUGCCACCUUUCCCUCAAAACAUCCUCUGCAGUGUUGUGAGGAGGAGGUGUGGUGAGGACGGUUAGUAAGGCUAGUAACCGCAGGCAGGAGUUUGUUCGUGUGUCAUUCGGUUACAAGUUAAACCUUUUCAUGUUUAGUCUAAUCUGAAUAUAAUUUCUUCCGGGGGAUACUCAGCCUUGUGUGUGUGUGUAUGUGUGAGUGUGUGUAUGUAUGUAUGUGGCAUUAACACGUGUGCCUCUCCACUCUCGCACAGACACGCUUAACAGUUAACAUUACCUAAUCAUUGGUUAAUUGACUGUCGGUAACACAAUCUUUCCUCUUCUAUUCCUUGUGCAUUGGUGGUGAGGUGAGUGGAGGCAGUCGGGGUGUGUUGGGAGGAGAGAUAGAGAGAGAGUGUGUGUGUGUGUGUGUGUGUGUGUGUGUGUGUGUGUGUGUGUGUGUGUGUGUGUGUGUGUGUGUGUGUGUGUGUGUGUGUGUGACUGACUGUGACUGCGUGUACCUGUCAUGCCUGGGCUGUGGAGUGACUGGGGGACAUGACUGGGUGUUCUUUUGGUUAGUGGUAACAUUCCUUCAUGCUGGUGUGGCUGGCAAGCUGUGACGUGCCUGAGUGAGUGAGAGCGAGGCAGCACACACAGGAGCCAGGCCACCAGCAGUCUUAUUCAAUCAGUAAUAAUGCAAAGACAAUAAUUGAGACUAAGUGUUUAUACAGUAAGAAUAUUCCUGUUAGGUCUGUGAGAGUGGAUAGGAAAGAGGAGGUGGCGACGGCUCAUUUUCCAUACCCAGCAUUGUGAAGGGUCUUGGGUGGGAAGGGUGGGAGGGAGGGAGGGGGGAGGACAGCGACAAUAGCAGUAGGACGUGUUUGUGAUAUAAACUGAUGAUUCUUCCCAGCAUGGCUGUUCAUGGGGAAGGUAAACACAGCCUUACAUUGUCACUCACUCAUGUACUCAACUCAAAUUGUGUAUAUUGUAAAAGAAAGCAACAUUAGAUGACUGGAUAUUGUAACUACUACUACUACUACUACUACUACUACUACUACUACUACUACUACUACUACUACUACUACUACUACUACUACUACUACUACUUCGUGUCAGAAGAAAAGAAAAGGCAAAUAAGUAUAUGUUAAGAAUUAUAGUAACAAACUUACCUUAUCAUAUUUUGUGUAAGCUCUAAUCUAUUCUGUUGAUUUGAGGUGUAUCGAGAGAGAGGAGAGAUUUCAAAACUCACUGAAAAAAAAAGAAAACAAAAGAAAACAACAACAACAACAACCACAACCAAACACGCAAUGAUUUUCACUUUUCAUUGUUUAUCAGAACACUAAUGUUAUUCCUUCAUUUGUAAGUGAUGCACACACAGACAAACACAGACAUACAGUUUUUCUCCCUCCCUCUCCUCCCUUGCUUACCUGUGAGUGAUGGCAGGGGGGUGUGACAGGGAGGAGGGUGUGUGGUGUUGAGUGUACAGGGAGAAAAAUGUGUACUAGUGUUUUGUUUUAAUUGUAAGGAUUGGUGUGUGUCUGGAGCAUCAUUCCAUCUUGUGUUGCCUCAUGUUGCUCACCACCGAUUCUUGUGUUGUGUUGUUUGUGUGUUGAUGGAAAUGCAAAUAUUGUAAAAGAAAGCCUCAUGUUAAUAUUUUUUUGUUCCUCAUUCAUUACCAAAGUGGAAUGAAAAACAAAAAGGUAUGUGUAUUUCUUUUAAAGUUAAUUUUAUGGUUUGUUGUUUUUAUUGGUGAAGAGUAGGAAGGAAUGAUGAAUAGAAGGUCUUUAAGGUAAAUAAUAUUUUUUGUCACAAUAUUUGGCUGAAAUGAGAUGAAUUGAUGUGUCAUUUGGUAAUUGUCUUUAUUUUUGUUACAUUUCUACAUACAACAGAAGGAAUGAUGAACAGAAAGCCUUCAGAUAACUAAUAUUUACCACAUUAAUAUUCUGGCCACUCAAUGCUGAACCAAGAUAAAAUAGUGUAGGUUUUUAAUCAGGGAAUGUGUAAGUUAGUAUUUACAUUAAUUUUUGCAAUAUUUGUACAGACAAUGCAAGGAACAAUGAACCGAAAGCCUUGAGAUAACUAAUAUUUCAUGUCACACUGAUAUUCUGGUCAUUCAAUCCUGAAAUGAGAUCAAAUGAUGUAGGUUUUUAAUGAGAAUGUGUGAGUUGGUACUAUUUGCCCUUAUUUUUGCAAAAUUUUUACAUUCAACAGAAGGAAUAAUGAACAGAAAGCCUUGACAUAACUAAUAUUUACCACACUAAUAUUCUGACCACUCAAUGUUGAAAUAAGAUAAAGUAAUGUAGGUUUUUAAUCAGGGAAUGUGUGAGUUGGUACUGUUUGUCCUUAUUUUUGGUACAUUCUUACAAAUAAGAUAUUUCUGGUCAUAUUAUCACCACCAUUGUCAUCACCAGGGAAAUGUUACAGUGUUCUCAAGAGUGCUUCCCUCAAGAGUGUGUGUGUGUGUGUGUGUGUGUGUGUGUGUGUGUGUGUGUGUGUGUGUGUGCGCGCGUGCGUGCGUGUGCGUGUUUGCCGAACCUCACGUGCGAGUGAGUGUCAUGUCUUGUGAGAGAAAACAAAGUGAGAGUAUUCAAGCCAUGUGUAGUAAGAGUCAACCAAGUAAGUGAGAGUUUUGAAGCCUUGUGUUGAAUUAGUGAGAGUAAACAGAAAGUGAGGAGAUUUCUGCAGCCUUGUCUUGUGAGAGUAAACAAAACAAAAGUGAGAGGAGAAUCUAAACCAGUGUGAAGUAGUGAGAGUAAUACCAGUAUCCUGUGAAAGUAGAACCAUUUAACAGAACAGGCACCAAAGGAGAGUAGAAAACAAAUACAGUGAGAGAAUACACACACACAUUUACCUGA